AUGGAGGUGGUCACGUGGGUGGAGGUGGACACGAGCUUUUCUUCCCGCCACGAUGGCCUCCGGUCCAGGAAAGACCCAAGACGCCAGGAGUCCAACGCCGCCGCCGCCGCCGCCGCUACAGAGCGGCCUCCCCUUGCUCCGCAGUCCGAGAUCAUCGAAGAACAUGUCCAUGGGCCACCGGAAGCCGGAGGCAGGAACCCCUCCGCCGCCACGGCCACAGCCGUGGGGGCCGAGCAGAAGGGCGAGGAGACCAUGUCUCUUUUCCGACGGGACUCCGCUGGCGGCAAGUCCCCUCUUCCUCCACGCCCCCCCUUCGUCUCGAGAGCCAGCGGUCCGAGCUCCGCGAGCGGCAAGGCCCCCCGCCCGACCCCUCCGCCCUAUCCGAUGUCCAAGGAGGUGUUGGCGAGCGGCAUGGUGGUGAGAGAUAAGUGGAAGAGGGACGUGUUCAACGAACUGAUGUUGGAGUUCCAGAGGGAGAGGAGCGAGGAAACGGACCAGACAGCCGAGGCUGAGGGAAUGCCGAGGCAACAGAAUGAGCAGGUGAACUCACCAGCACUUUGGCCCAAAAAAGUCAAGAAACUGCUCUGGAGAAAGGAGAUCAUGUUCAAAAUGGGUGAAGCAUAGAGAUGAAAGCAAUGGCAAAUGUUAUUGUUUUUGUUCUGCCAAGAUUAGAUGAUUUUUAAUACUGUUGUAAUCUGAUAUGGAAUUUCAAGGGGAAAAGACAAUGUUGGUGUGAUGUUUCCAUAAUUUUAAAAGUGUUAUUGCUUACAUUUAACGGUCAAUAUUUAUGUCUUAUUCUUCAUUGUACCACAAAUUGACCUUG